UUCUUCUUGUUCCCAGAGGUGGUUGUGGCUCCUCCCAGUGUAUACUUGCAGUUUGUUAAAGACCGUGUUCCUGCUGGUGUGGGCGUGGCUGGACAGAAUUGUUAUAAAUGUGAGAAAGGAGCUUUUACUGGAGAAAUAAGUCCUCAGAUGUUGUCUGAUGUUGGUAUUCAUUGGGUGAUACUGGGACACUCUGAAAGGAGGAACGUCUUUGGAGAAACUGAUGAAUUGAUAUCAGCUAAGGUUGGUUAUGCUUUGUCCUCUGGUCUCAGUGUCAUUGCUUGUAUCGGAGAGAAACUGGAGGAGAGAGAGUCAGGACAAACUGAAUCAGUCGUAUCUCAACAACUGAGAGCAAUAGCAAAUAAUGUGAGU